AUGACCCAGGACAUUGAGAACAAAGCCGCUCAAGGCAUCUCCUACUUUACUCCCGCGCAGGUACCACCCGCGGGCUCCGCCGCGAUUCCUCAGUCCGACGGAUCACAACCUCCCAAGCUCUUCCAGCCCCUCAAACUUCGAGGCUUGACAUUCCAGAACCGCAUCGGACUGUCCCCCCUCUGCCAAUACAGUGCCGACGAUGGACACAUGACCGACUGGCACAUGGCCCAUCUGGGUGGCAUUGCCCAGCGAGGACCUGGGUUUACCAUGGUCGAAGCCACAGCCGUCCAGCCCGAGGGUCGCAUCACCCCCCACGACCUCGGUCUCUGGAAAGACUCCCAGAUCGAGCCGCUUCGCCGGGUGGUCGAGUUUGUGCACAGUCAGAGUCAGAUCAUCGGCAUCCAGCUGGCUCACGCCGGCCGCAAAGCGAGCACGGUUGCGCCAUGGCUCAGCAUGGCGGCAACCGCGACAGAAAAAGUGGGCGGAUGGCCUAGCAACGUCAAGGGACCAUCCAACACGCCCUUUAUGGACAGCUUCCCCACCCCCAAGGCCAUGACCACUGCCGACAUUGAGCAAUUCAAGAAGGACUGGGUGGCGUCCGUCAAGCGCGCCAUCAAGGCCGGCGUGGACUUUGUGGAGAUUCACAAUGCCCACGGCUACUUGCUGAUGAGCUUCCUGUCGCCCGCGACCAAUGACCGCACCGAUGAGUACGGCGGCAGCUUCGAGAAUCGCAUCCGUUUGUCUCUCGAGAUUGCCAAGCUGACCCGCGAGAAUGUCCCCAAGGACAUGCCCGUUUUCCUUCGCGUGUCUGCGACAGACUGGUUGGAGGAGGAUCUGCCUGACCAGCCUAGCUGGCGGGUUGAAGACACCGUCCGGUUCGCAAAGGCCCUCGCCGAGAGUGGCAACGUUGACUUCCUGGACAUCAGCAGUGGCGGCAAUCACCAGAAGCAGCACAUUCACGCCAAGCCUGCCUUCCAGGCACCAUUUGCGGCCGAGGUCAAGAAAGCCGUUGGCGACCAGCUCAAGGUCGGCUCAGUUGGCAUGAUCACCGACGCCCAUCUGGCCAACAAGUUGUUGGACGAGGAGAACCUGGACUUUGUCUUGGUCGGUCGCGGUUUCCAGAAAAACCCCGGCUUGGUCUGGGCAUGGGCCGAUGAACUGAAUGUGGAGAUUUCCAUGGCGAACCAAAUUCGCUGGGGCUUUGGUUCCCGCGGCGGUGGUCCGUUCUUGAAGAAGCGACAGGAGAAGAUGUAA